UGUAUGCAAGGGAGGUCAUAUAAUUUCAGCACUGGUGAUUGUUAGGAGCCUUGUACUUAACUUUCUCAUCUCAUCUUGAUCAAAAUGUAAUAAUAAGUAAUCCAACAUCGUUGAACUACUCACGGAUGAUACCACCUCUAUUUCUAUUUGACCUGUAAACCUGGAAUCCCUCAUUGGUUGAUGGCUUUCAUUUUCCGACCAUUUCUUACCUCUAAAUACUUUGCCCCUGAGAAAUGAACACACAGUGCUAAAAUUCUCCCCUGAAAAUGAAAAUUAGAUUACGUUCCAUCCUGCAAAAUGCUAAGCAAGCGAGAAAAGUUAUUGAUCCAACCAUGGCAGGAAAGAAGAUACAUAGAUCAUCGGAGAAAGGUGAAUUCUGCACUUCCAGCAAUUGAUGUGGAGCCCCCUGCCACUCGAGGACAUGUGCUGUACAAGAGCAAGAAGCUACAAAAAGAAUCUGAAAGAUGUGCCCAGAUCACAGAGGAUAAUUUCAUUCUCAUCAGACAUCUUAGCGACAUCAUGCGCACACACAGAGUUGAUAACUAUUGGAUACAGGAACCACCGACAUUUUUGCACAAAGUGGGAAUAUACCAACAACCACAGGAGUCUGUUCUUCAUAAGUCAAAAGCGAUUCUUUUUGAACCACGGUUACAGAGCAGGAAGGAAAAGUGCUAUGCUUGCGGUCCAUUGCGAUUCUUGAAAAAGGAAGUUAUACCAGAGGAAAGAAUCCCAUGGGAUCCAGACCAACAAAAAGUGGAAUUUAGAAAAUCUUUGGCUUUAUCAGAAAAGUCAAAACAGUUGGAAGUGGUCAGAGGUGACAUCGACCUGCCAGAAUUUCGAGGACAAACAUGGUCACCUGUUUCGCAUGAUAAUAAAAGGAAAAAAAACAAAGGCAAAACCAAAGUACAAAAACACCAAAAACUUCCCGUUAGCAAAGUGGAUUUUGAUACUUGUAGUAGUCACUGCAUAGAGUUGACACAAGGACCCUUGAACUUAUCGGUAACUUUCCCCACAAAAACAACUGUUGUGUACAAAGUAGGGAAAAACAAGCGUAUUUUACAUACGGAUCAAUGCCAAUGUACAGCUUUUCACCAAAAACCGAAAUAAAAAACAAAUUUCAAAGAUAUCAUCUUUUGAUUUAAAAUAUUUGGUCACAACUAUCAACAUGGGGUCUUAAGCCACUCAUGCAGUGCUUUCUUUGCUCAUUAAACAUUAUUCACAACCGAUGUAAAUUUCCAGUAAAUUUUGAGGCAGAAAUAAACAGAAAAUUAAAUGAGGUCAUUAAGUACCACCUUGGAAUGAUACCAUUGAAUGCGAAAGUAUUAAAAUCCAGAUUGAUAAAACCUACUAGGCAAUAAGAAAAUAGUUUUUGAUGCUAUUCUGUUCAUAAUUCUUGUGUUGUCAAAAUUCUAGUAGGAAGAUUGCUGAAUGUAAUGCUGCAAUUCAUGAUCAAAAAACCGUAGGAACACACUGAAUAGUACCCUUGAAUGAAACCUUAGAAAAACCAUUAGGAUCAAAAAUAACUGCAAAUUACGUUUUAAUAAAUUUAUUCAAAAUAAUUGAAAUCAUGUAAUAUAAAAAUUAAAAAUUUUCAUACAUUAAUUAUUUAAUUUCAAGGAAAAUACAUAAAUUAAUAAUUUAUGCUUGAAUCGGACUUGCUUGAAACAUUGUGUGCCAGGGCUCAUAUGCUGAAA